AUGCCCAUUUGUACGCCCCUGACAGAGAAGCUCGGCCUGCGCGUCCCUCUUGUGAUGGGUGGCAUGCAGUGGGUGGGCACGCCGAAGCUCGCAGCGGCUGUAUCGAACGCUGGCGCCCUUGGCAUGGUGACGGCGCUGACGCAGCCGACACCCCAGGCGCUGCGCGAGGCCGUCAAGGCUACGCGCGCCAUGAUCGACCCCGAGAUUGCCGCGGAGCGCAAAAAGUACGGCGCCUUUGGCGUGAACAUCACGCUGCUUCCGGCGAUUGUGCCGCCGGACUACCCCGGCUACGCCCGCGCAGCGCUCGAGGCGGGCGUGCGUAUCUUUGAGACGGCGGGCAGCAACCCUGAGCCCGUGAUACGCAUCCUCAAAGACGCAGGCGCUUUCGUGAUCCACAAGUGCACGGCUGUGCGCCACGGCCUCAAGGCACUCAAGCUCGGCGCGGACAUGCUGAGCAUUGAUGGCCUCGAGUGCGCGGGCCAUCCCGGUGAAGACGACAUUGGCGGCCUCGUGCUCAUGGCGCUGGCGGCGCAGCAGAUCCCUGCGCCGUUCAUCGCGUCGGGCGGUAUCGCGAAUGGCCGCGGUCUCGCAGCCGCGCUGGCGCUCGGAGCCUGUGGCGCGAAUAGUACGUGCCUGACACUGACGCCAGUGGGAACGCGCUUUAUGGCGACGACAGAGAGCGAGAUCCACGACGCCAUCAAGCAGCGCAUCUGCGAGGCGAGUGAGCGCGACACGACCCACGUGUUCCGCACGCUGCGCAACACGGCGCGCGUGUUCAAGAACUCGGUGGCUCUUGAAGUGCGUGAAAGGGAGCGGCAUGGCGCGCAGUUCAAGGACAUCCAGCCGCUAGUCUCGGGCACCCGGGGCCGCCAGGUAUACGAGAAGGGCGACCCCGAGGCGGGUGUGUGGACGGCCGGUCAGACGGUGGGCCUGAUCCAGGAUAUUCCUACGUGCAAGGAGCUAGUCGCGCGCAUCGAGCGCGAGGCAGAGGGCGUCAUCGCGCACACAGCGUCGCUGGUGGCGCCCCGCGAAGCGAAGCUGUAG